CACAACCAGGAUAACCCUUCCCUUCCACACUGCAGAGAUGAGCCCUCAGACACACAAUGGCUUCUUUCACCUUUGCCUGGGAUAAGAGAGAAGUUACACUCUUAGGUCUUUUUUGUAGCCAAAUCCAGUGUGCGUAAUGAAAAGAGCUUUGCAAUGGCUGAUAAACAGAGACAGACCUCCGCUGAACUGUUGAAUGCACAGUCAGAAGGGCAUAGAAGAUCCGAUUUGGUCUUUGGGUUCAUCCUUCAAGGGCUUAAAUAACCAUUUCGGUGCAUAUGGGAUAGUAUUUCCCAUUUAAGAUUUCCACUGAAGGGCGAUACAGUCUGCCAUCUAAUAAAUGUUUCUAAAUCAAUGAUUGUGAGAAAUAAACGCCUCUUUUGUUAGAGCAAACAGCCAUUUUGAUCAAAUUAAACAUAACUUUAGUUCACACAAUUGAGUGUUUUUUGGUCAGCGGUCAGUAAGAGUUCAUUUUUGGAUUUUUCAGAAAAUCCUCAGAGCGCCAUAACAGUAACUCAACAGUUGUGCUUUUGUUAGCAUGGACAACAUAAUAAGCACUACUAGAGGUCGCCUCCAUCACCCAGAAUGAAUAAUUUCCUCCUAUAUUUAGCUUUACGAUAUCUUAUCGACUCAAAUUAGAGGAGCGACCGGGUUCACGACAGUUAGUUUUUGAGACCAGAUACAAGACAAUGUUGUCUAGUGAGACUGAUCCAGAGACGGGCCCCUGGGUCAUUUGGUAACCGCACAGAACAAGCAGUAUUUGUCUCGGACCCCCUGAAGCAGAAGUGGCAGAAGAGGGAAGUCUGGGAUUGGCCGCUUCACGCAAACAGAACUGGGCGGUCCCAGCGAAUGAGGGAUAUAGGCGAAAGAUCUCGGCCCUGUGGUGAUCAAACCUGUCAGAUCAGUGAUCUCUCUGUUUGAGGUGAUUACUACGACCUGCAGUAAAAAGGAAAGGCCUGGCCUUAGUGCUAAUUAGGUCACUGAGAUCCUCCUGCUUGCUUAUAAAGACCGGACAGGGACAAGAGAGGACAGUCACUCGGCUUCCUCUCCACAGCUUGGGAUCCUACUUUAGUGGACGUACUGGGAUUGAGAAUGCCACAUUUAACUGACUGUAGUUUCUACAAGAUGAGAGACGGAGCUCGAGUUUCCAAUGUUCAAAAUCACCUGGAGAACUCCAAGUACCACCUCCACCAGACUCAGGCCCAGCAGGUCAAGCAGUACCUAACUUUGGGCAGCAAGCUUGCUAGCCAGUCCCACCCGGUCGCCCAUCCUCACCCGGGCCAGACCCUGGGAACGGUACCCAUCAUGCGCAACGGACACAUGCCGCCCGUGAGUGACAGCAGCUUGCCAGAAAGCCCUGUCACCCUGCUCACGCUGGCCAACCAUCACGACAGCGAGUUUCCAAUGGAUGAAGUUAUUGAUGAUCUUAUUAGCCUUGAAAGCGGGUUCAAAGAUGGGGGUUUGGAUUGUAUGGAGCCAGGCAUCAUAAUGCAAAGUAAUGUGUCCCUGAAUAACAGCAUGCUGGAGAUGUACGGCGGUGACCAAGGUAUGACCGCCCCUCACGGUGGACUGACACCCUCAUUGCCCACAAAGCUCUCAGUUAAAAUGGAGGUCACAGAACUUGACACCAGAGUUAUGGCCAAAGAAAGACAGAAAAAAGACAACCACAAUCUAAUUGAAAGACGACGGCGAUACAACAUCAACCACAGGAUCAAGGAGCUCGGAACGCUGAUACCGAAGUCAAACGACCCUGAUAUGCGCUGGAACAAAGGGACGAUCCUCAAGGCCUCGGUGGAAUACAUUAAGUGGCUGCAGAAAGAGCAGCAGCACGCCCGUGAUCUCGAGAGCCGACAGAAGAAACUAGAACAGGCCAACAGAAGACUCCUGCUACGAAUCCAGGAGCUGGAAAUCCAGGCUCGUGCUCACGGUUUGCCCAGUGUGUCUGCUUCAAUGGGAGCUGCUGAACUUUCAUCUCAUCUCCUAAAGCAACAACAGCAGCUGGUAACACCGGCCACUUCGAGCACCCAGGCGGGCCAGCCACCCGUCUACCCUCAGGAGGACAUGAGCAACCCAGAAUACACCCUGCGGACAUCCUUACCUGCGGCUAUGGUUGCGGGGAACGCCGGAGAACAGACCGACGGCUCCAACACCUACUCCGAUCCUCUCUCCCACUUCACAGACUUCUUCUGCAGCACCUUGAAGGAAGAGCACCGGCUGGACAAGAUCCUGAUGGACGACCCUCUCUCGCCUUUCGGGACUGACCCGCUCCUCUCCGCCGGAUCGCCCACCGCGUCCAAAGGGAGCAGCUGCCAGAGCAGCUUCAGCUCAGAGGAAGCAGACGAGCUCUGACCGUCCAGAUGCUGACCUGUAACACUUUGUAACUGACCUCCCGUUUCAAAGACGACGAGAAUCUUACUCCAAUGUUGAGUCAGACACUUAAAAAAAGGGAGAUUGACUGAUUGGUCCACUGACACUGACCUAAAAGUCUAUACAGCAAUAACUCCGGUUCAUCUAUGAUGACUGGAUCACAAAAUGUAUAUUUCUGAAACAUAAUGACAUUGUUGACACGGACUACUUUCGAGAGAGAUCUUUUUGUGCCUUAUUCAGAGCAGAAGAGAUCAGACCAGAAGCAAUGCAGUCACUAUUAUGCUAUGCAAGAAACCCUAAUGCAUCUUUCUAUGUUUCAUACACACUGUAUUUUUCCAGAAACAUACUGUUCAUGUAUUUAUGGUUUAAUCCCUGUAUUCUUAAAAAAAAAUGUUUCUUAAUCUAACAUGUUCCUUUUUAUAUAUAACUCCAGGGGUGUGGGGAAACACAAUAAACCCCUUUUUCAUAAACUGAA